ACAAUCUAAGAAUUUAUGCGUGCCAUUUAAAAUUAAAAGUUACAUUUGUCAAAUUUGACAGUCAGAGUCAUGCCAGCCAAAAAGCGUUUUGAAAAGAGUAUUUUUCUCUCUAUCGAAAAAUCCAUAACAUUGACCAAUCGCCGAUGAGGAAACUGAAUCAUUUCAAGAAUACGCGUUGUCGGUUGGACGUUACUUUGACUGCAAUAAGGAAAAUACUGGUUCGACUGCAGUAUUGACAAGUUCUGAAGAAGAGAUUUAUUUAUUUUAUUCAUAUUUUAUUUCAUGAAUAACAUGAAAAUAUGAUAUGGCGAUGAACUGAUGAUGAAUUAAGUUAACUGUCUCAAGUUGAUAUUUUUCAGUGUGUGAUUAUUGCUCGAGUGUCGCGGGUGUUUCGUAGUGUUUCGCUCACCGACCGAGUCGGUGUUCCAGCAAGAUGUGGGACUCGUCGACGUUUUUGUCGGCGCUGACACCGAAGUUCUACGUGGCGCUGACGGGCACGUCGUCGCUGAUUUCGGGGCUGAUCCUGAUCUUUGAGUGGUGGUACUAUCGCAAGUACGGCGCGUCGUUCAUCGAGCAGGUGUCUCUGGCGCACCUGGGCCCGUGGUUCGCGGCCGACGAGCCGCCCGGCACGCCGCCGCCUAUGCCGCAGGAGUGCAAGGUGUGGCGCAACCCCAUGGCAUUGCUGCGGGGCGCGGAAUAUGCGCGCCUGUGGGCGGCCGCGCGGCGCGCCCCGCUCACCUACUAUGACAUGAAUCUGUCCGCCCAGGAGCAUCAGGCUUGGUUUGGUGUGGCCGGGGCUGACUCGCCUUGCGAGGCGGCGCUGGCCCGCGCGUGGCGAGAGCGCGAGCCGGCGGCGCGGGUGGCCGCCGCGCGCGCCGCGCUGGCCGCGCGCCCCGACUGCGCCGCCGCGCUGCUGCUGCUGGCCGAGGAGGACGCGCCCACCGUGGCCGAGGCCGAGCGGCUGCUGAAGCGCGCGUGGCGCUGCGCCGAGGCCGCGUGGCGCGUGUCCAGCGGCGCCGGCGCGGCCGGCGUGGCCGGCUCGGCCGCCCGAGCGCGCAGAGACGCGGCGGUGCUGGCGCACGUGAAGCGCCGCGCGGGCAUGUGCGCGCGCCGCCUCGGCCGCCUGCGUGACGCGGCGCGAGUGUUCCGGGAGCUAGCCCGGGACGGGCCCGCGCCGCUCCACGCCCACGAGAACCUGCUCGAGGUGUUGUUAGAGCAGCGCCUCUACCUUGAUGCUCAGGCGGUGGUGGCGCGCUACGACGAGCCGUCGCAGCCGCCGUCGGCCGCCGUGCUGUACACCGCAGCGCUGCUGCGAGCGCGCGCCGCCGUGCUGGCGCCGCGCCCCGGCGCCGAGCUGCAGGCACUAGAGGCGAUCCGCCGCGCGAUAGAGUUCAACCCGCACGUGCCGGCCUACCUGCUGGAGCUGCGGCCGCUCACGCUGCCCCCCGAGCACGUGCUGCGGCGCGGGGACAGCGAGGCGCUCGCCUACGCCUUCUGCCACUUGAGGCACUGGCAGAACUGUGAGGGCGCGCUCAACUUACUCCACGUGGCGCACUCUACAGGUCCGGCGGGCGCGCCGUGCUCGCAGUGCCUGGACCGCGAGCUGCUGCCGGCGCACCACGCGGGGCGCGCGGCGGGGGUGGGGGUGGCGGCGCCGCCGGGCGCGCGCUCGCCGCUGCCGCUGCUGGGCGCGCUGUGCGUGCUGGCGGCGCUGCUGGUGCUGGCGGCCGCGCGCUGGCCGCACGCCGCCGCCGCGCUGGCGCCCGCCCGCCUGCUGCGUCUGCUGCACGCCGUCUGA